AACGUUGGUCAAUUGAAAAGAAGAUAUCGAUACAAUAACUACAAAGUUUGGGUUCCCUUAACCUACGCUGGUAGAGCUUCAGGACUUCUAGGGAACUUAGAUGGAAAUGAUACAAACGAUUAUUUCGAAAGGGGUCAAGAAACCAAUCCACUUCCACACUACUAUUCAGACAGGGAAUUGUACAAUAACCACUGGUUGACAUGGAAUUUAUCUGCUGGAGAAAGCCUCUUUUCCCAUCAUUUACAAUGUCCUGAUAAAUCUCUAAAGAAGCAUCAGGCAUCAUAUGCUCCGAUUACACCAGACCAACUGAACUUUACCGAUGAGCAAAAGAGGAUCUGUGAAGGCAAUCUACAAUGUGUGUUUGAUUUAGCUGUUUCUGGGGAAAAAGAAGUUGCUUUAGCAACGCUAACUCAUGAAAAAUAAGCGAAUUCAUCAAUUGAGAUCCUAGAUAACUACCCACCAAAUAUCACAGCUGAGUCCACUUUCAGCGUUACAGUUAGCCAAGAAUCAGUUCUCUAUCUUAGUGUGAAUGACUCAAGAGAUAAUUUCACCUUAAGUGUACUGGGAGACAUACCAACAACUUCUGUACUUGAAGAAUUGUCAAGGGGAGAGUUUGUAUUUCGCUGGACACUAUACAAAAGAUAACUUACAACCCCCUAAUCUUUCUUGCAAAUGAUAGCCGAGGAGCUGCUUCACUGUACGCACCCCGAGUUGAAAUUUGCAACUGUUUCAAUGAUGGGAAUUGUACCCUUGAUGGAAUUCUGAGUGAUAAUGCAACAGCAGUACUAACCUGCCUUUGUACACAAGCAUUUGGUGAGAGGUUCUGUGAAGAAGAUCGCAAUGGGUGCUCAGAGAUCCAGUGCUUCGAGGGGGUGGAGUGUAUGGACGUUCCUGCUCCUGGAGUGGGGGCGGUGUGUGGAGCAUGUUCGCCAGGCUACACUGGAGACGCACUCAAGUGUUAUGAUAUUGAUGAGUGCUUCCUAAAUCAAACUCUCUGUGACCACAAUUGCACAAACACUGAUGGAGGGUAUCUUUGCUCCUGUUUUAAUGGCUAUCAGCUAAUUAAGGAAACAAGGGAAUGUGAAGAUAUUGAUGAAUGUUGGCUAGCUGUGCGGGAAUCAAAUGACCUUUGUGAGAACUAUCUAAACACAGAGUGCGUUAACAACGAGGGUUCAUUUAAGUGUGUUUGUGUCCGUGGAUACACAGCAAACUCAAAUGGAAUUUGUGAGCUUGAUAAUGAACUCCCUCCGAUGAUCAGUGUGAUCAGACCACAGAAAAGUAUUGAGAAUAGUGUGAACUUCACAUCACCUAUGCUGGUUUCAGAAAAUUUCAGUCCAGAACGCCGAUAAAAAUUUAGGGAAGCAACUGCAGCUGCUGUCAAUAGUUACUGUGGGCUUACAACAUGUGAUCUUCUUCUCUCAUCUGGAGAAACUCAAAUG